AUGGAACAAUAUCGUGUAACACGAAGAAAUUCUCCAAAACAAGAGGAAUGGUUGGCUUCGGGAGUGGAAUGGAAAUUAAUUAAUUUUGAUCAACAACAAGCAAUUCCUUCUCCGAGAUUUGAUUUUGCUGUUGCAUCCACUCCGGAUCAUUCUCUUUCGUUUCUUUAUGGUGGAGUCAAUAAUAGUUGGGGUAUCAUGAACGAUUUUUGGAUUUUAAAUCAUCAAAAUUUGCAAUGGACGAAAAUUGUCAAAGACAGUAGCGAUGAUUUGUGGCCGCCUGCAUUAAGGGACGCUGCUGGAGUGUUUUGUUUGGGAGAAUUCUAUUUGUUUGGAGGAAAGAGUAAUGGUGGCACUGUGAGUAGUGAUGUGUGGAAAUUUAGUUUGGCUCUCCGAAAGUGGAGUAUUGUAAAUAGAGGAAAAGAUGAAGAACAAGCUAAAAUUGCAUCAAAAUUUGGUCACUCUGCCACUUGCAUUGGCGGUAGCUUCAUUAUCAUCUUUGGGGGUAGCGACAAGAACAACAAUUUGUAUAAUCAACUCUAUUUAUUUAGCAAUGGAACAUUUACUGAAAUUGAACCAAAAGGACAAGACAGAAUUUCUCCAAGAAUGUAUACUCCAAUUAUUUUCAAUCCAAUCGAUUCAUCUCUCUAUGCAUUUGGUGGCUAUGUGAAAAUUUCAGCAAACGAAAGCGCAAACAAUGAUGAAUUAUGGCAAUUCGAUUUAUUGGCUAAACAGUGGAAGCAAAUUGAAAAACAACACUCUGCAAUUUGGCCUCCUGCAAGAAGUGGACACAAUUUGUUCAAGACCUCACAAUUUUCUAACAAUUUCUAUAUAUUCGGUGGUGAAUUACUGAAUGGUCUUGGUACCAAUGAUAUGUAUUCUUUCAAUAUUCUCACUUCUCAAUGGUCAGCAAUUUCAAUGGAUGGAAAUACAGCACCAUCAGGAAGAUUGGGCUCUGCUUUCAUUCAAAAAUCUUAUUCGAGUGAAGAAUACAUUCUAUUUGGAGGUGUUUCUGGUUGGACCAACACAAAGAUAUUAGGUGACGAAUGGAUUGCCUCACUACAUUAA